AUGCGAGGCGAUCCGACGAAGAAAAAGGUGGCCAUUAUUGGGGCAGGGGCAGCUGGUAUGUCGUGCGCCGCUACGUUGACCCAACACCCCAGCGAUUUCGAGGUGACGAUGAUUGACAUCGAAUCCCACACUGGCGGCCAAGCGACUUCUGUCUCUUUGGAUGAAACUAAAUAUGGUGCGAGCUGGCUGAAUGAUGGAGUGCAAGGCGGCUCUGCCAUUUUCCGACAUACAUUCCGGUUCCUUCGCCGCUACGGCUAUGAGCCACGGCCAGUCAAGCUUCAGGUCUCCUUUGGCAAAGGACGGGGAAGUUUUUGGACAAAUGUGUUCCCUAGCCCCCUAGUUGAUCAACAUUCCGGAGAAAUCAAGAGGCUCGGCUACGUCUUGAAGUGCAUCAAGUAUUUGAUGCCCGUGCUCGGUAUCCUACCGGUCAAGUUGAUUCUCCGGUUGUUUUGCUUCAGCAAUGACUUCAAGAAUAAGAUGGUGCUACCACUGCUAGCGCUGUUCCUCGGUACGGGAAACCAGACCCCAAACGUAUCGAGUGUCUUAUUAGAGCGCUUGUUUGACGACCCGCAAAUGAGGUUGUGGGAGUACGAUCCUGACACGUUGCUGCCAAAUCUUCCCACAAUGUUUACAUUUCCAAAUUUGGGGAACUUCUAUCGAGACUGGGCAGCAGACCUGCGCACCAAAGGGGUCUUGAUCCGCUUAAACUGCUCCGUGGAAGUUUGUGAACGGGGCAAAAAAGGGGUUGUUCUCCAACUACAACCGCAACAAGGGUCGGAGCCUUGGACAGAGACGUUUGACGAGCUUGUCAUCUGCUGCCCGGGAGAUGAAGCCAAAAAGAUUCUUGGUCGAAAUGCGACGUGGCGGGAGAGGUAUGUUCUUGGUGGUGUGAAGUUCUUCAAUGACAUCACAAUCACCCAUUCGGAUUCCAAUUAUUUCCAGAAGAUAUUCGAAGCCCAGUACGACCCAUCAUUGGGUGCGCAACCAUCAACGAAGGAGAGGCAAAAGCAACUCACAUUUGCUGAGCAGCAGCCCCGUUGUGAAAAAGAUGGCUGGUUGGGUUUCCAGCCAAUGUACUUCACCCAUUCCUUGGAAUCAGAUCCGGACAAAAUUGAGAUGGGAUUCGACUGCUCGAACUAUCAGCAUCAGUUCCGAGACCGCCUCGGUGCAGGCAAUCAACCCUGCCCUUUGGAUGGACAUGUCUUCCAGACCAUUUUUUUGAACGACCAGCAACAAGAUAUGUGGACCUGGAACGACAUUGAUCCUUCCAAGAUUAUUGCGCAGAAAUGGUGGCACCAAUUUGGGCACCGAUGGCAACACUAUCUGCGCGUUGUACCGGGUAUGAUGUUCAUAAAUGGCCAGAAUAGAACUCGGUAUGCAGGGAGCUGGACUAUGGUGAAUAUGCAUGAGAUUGCCUGCAUCUCUGGUAUUGCGGCGGCCUAUCAGUUAGGUGCGGAAUAUGAGCCAUUCGAUGACUUUGCUGAAGGUUUCUUCGCAAAGUACCUACUCGUCUGCCAUGGCACAAAGUACCGGAAACAACGGCCGAAGAAAACGUAA